UUUUUAACCAAAUUAACUCAUAAAUAGAAAGUUAGGGUGUUCACGAAGUGUUCUAUCGUUGCAAAAGUGCAAAGCACAUCAUACCAAAAAGUGUUCGGGGUCUUGUUCACGUUGCAACUUGCAAAGUCAACAUUAACGUGCAGAUAUUAUUUAAGUGCUUCGCACUUUUGCAACGAUACACAUCUUCAUGAACUCCCUACUUGUAAAAAUGAAAAAAAAACGCACAAGAGUGAACGAAGUAAAGAAAUGGAAUGACAAGGAGAUUGUGGACAUUCUCACGUUUAUGCAAGCGCACAGAAACGUAGAGAAGCCAACUGCGCAAAUAUAUUACAGAAAAUUGCUGGCCGAAACGAAGAUCGUUGCCAGCUGGAGCAUGGUACGCUUUAAGGUGCGUCACUUGAAGACCCUUUUACAGAAGGCGGAAGAACUCAAAUGCUCGACUAGCGUCAGCUUGAAAGACGGCCACCAUGAAAAAACUGUUGAUGAAAAAAUAUUGAAAAUGUGCCCACACUAUGGCCAACUCAGUGAUAUAUUUCCCGGCAGCAGGGAGAUAAAAUCGGUUGUCCGUGAAACAAUGCCAAUUGAGGAUGACUCAUCCUCAGCGAUCGAUAUGGCUUUUAAUGACUCGGUGGACUCCAUGGACUCUGCUGUGAGCACUUCACUUUCAGCAAAGUUGAGAAAAAGUGCAGAGAAACCUGCCCUAUCAACGCCAAUGUCGAUGGAGACAGAGAGGACUGAGAUGCAGAGGGAUUUGGAGAUAGAAAAAUUCCUGUGGGCCAAACAGCUGGAGGCCGACAAAAUGCGUUUAGAGGAAAUGCGCAUUCGGAUUGAGGAUAAACGUCGAGAGGAUGAGUUUCAGCUGAAGAAACUGGAGCUCGAGCAAAGAGAACGCAUAAAAAGGCUAGAGUUAGAGCUGAAAUACGGCAGAAAGAAUUAA